AUGGUUAGGACAGUGGAAGUACCCACUGUCGGGAUUGAAGUAAUGACAAUACAACCUGGGACACCAGACGAGGCAGCAAGCAUAGUUAGAUAUUUGGAAACUGGCAAAGUAUCUGAAGAUAGGCAAAAGGUAAGAAAAGUUAGGAAUAGAGCGGCGCGUUACACCAUGAUCGAGGGAGUCCUGUACCGGCAAGAUCACUCGGCUCCUCUUUUAAGAUGUAUCUCCCCAAAGGAGGCGCAGUACAUGUUAGCAGAAAUACAAGAGGGAAUUUGUGGGAACCAUUCAGAAGGACGAACACUAGUCGGGAAAAAAAUGAUGAGGGUGGAUUACUACUGGUUGCAAGCCCUGCGAGACGCCAAAAGCUACUCACGAAAGUGUUAA